AUGGCUACAGUUCGAUCCCUCGGCCUUCAUGAGCCUUCGGCCAUCGCAUUCCUCAUCGCAGAAGGUCUCCUACCCGCAGAUCCCCCGGAGGAUCUCUACUCGUGGACGACAAGCGUUGACCGAGACUCGAACGGCCCUGUCGAAGAUGAGAUUGUUUGGACAAGGAGCUGCGCCGUUUGGUCUCGAGCCGGGGUCGUCAAGAGAGUGUUUCGGUUAGAUCUAGAAAAAGAGGAGAUCAGACACGCUUUACUGACGAGCUUCGCGGUGGGGAAGAUUAAGAGGUCCGACGCGAGUGUUACGAAAGCUACAACCGGAGAAAAGGCGCAAACAGGCACUAAUUCAGGCCGCAGUCGGGGCUCGCACGAUCAGCUCAGUGGAGGACCGUCAAAGGGCUCAUUGUUGUCGCUGGGCCAGGAUGGAGGAGAUGGCCAAGGCGCCAGCGGUACAGGCUCAAACAAUGCUCGAGCGUUGGUGGUGGUCCUCAAGUCCCAGGCUCAUAUCUUCUUCCUGGCCGGUAACAGCCAUGUCGUUCCCCUGCCGUUUGAGGUCGAUUCCGUGUUCGCAACACCCAAGGGACUCCUGAUCCAGAGAAAACUACACGAGGAGGAAGAUCACCAGCCAGUGCCAAUGGCUCCUCCGAACUCUUUUGUGUCGUCAUCUGUACCCUCUCAGUCGCUGGAUAUCCCUUCUGGCAGAUCGAAACGCCCAUCCUUAACGAUUUCUCCGGCUCAAAGGCCCGGCCUGAAGCCACGACCAAGCAAGCAUGCUGAUAUGCCCAGAGUUUUCUCUCUUAUGGACCCCCACUCCGAAAUGGGCUUGGUGGUGACCAACCAGUCCUCUCGUUGGCUGCAGACUAGUGUCACGACCAGACCUUCCGGGCUGGACGUGCUUGAUCCAGCUGAUGCGAUUGUCUAUGUAUCUCCAAGGGAUGAGCUUUCUAGCCCUAGUCGAGGGCUAGACAUGGGUCCCUUAAUUCUCGUGGUGACUGUUAAUAUCAACACCGGCUUGUACACCAUCUGGACGGCUCGCUACAGACAAGACGAAGCCACGCCCUCAUCGAAAAAGAAAGAAAGAAGAGACACGGGGGGUACGCGAUCGAAGCGACGUAGUUCACACUUUGGAAUGACGACAGGAACGACGACUCCCGCUGCUCGCCCGUCGGGCACCAGAGAGAGCUUCGGCCCUAGAAGUGACGGGUGGAACACGUCUGGGCUAUCUCUUUCACAGUAUUCGGUCGAAGGCAGGGCAGACGAUGAUGAUCUGGCUUCCAAACUAGGUCAAGAUUUCGGAGACAUCGGAGUCCCACUGAAGACAUCGAGGCGAGUGAGCUCUCUACUUGCACGCACAGAUCUGGCAACCAGCCAGGAUAGAAUUGCGUUCUCCGAUCUAGCUACAGGCAGUCAGUCGGGCUCCAUGCCUCACGGUGGCCUACGCCAAUCUCUAGGAGCUGGUAGCACUCGGGGGAGCUUCGGCUUCAACCCAAGAGGUUCGCUACCACCUGGCAAUGGCUCAGUUUACAGCACAACCAGCAGCUUUGUUGACGCACCGGUUGAUCGACUCCUCGAGGAACUGAACAAUGAAAGUCUGUUUGAAGGUUUCGAGAAUAUGGACCUGAAUCAUGCGGCGUCAGGCCUGCCCGAGGAGGUCCUUCUCUCCAAGGUCGAGAGCUUCUUUUCCAAGUUUACAGCCUCGUUCCAGACACCGGCCAGAUCGAAGCGAUCAUCCCGGAGACUGAAAAUCAUGACCCUAGCCCCGUCAGAAUUCGGGAGUACGCAGGGCGGAAGCUCCGCGGCUUUAGCGCUUUACCUUGUGGAUCAGGACGCGAGGUCGAUGACGGUUGUUAACCUACGGGUAGACAAGGUUUCGGUUCCCAAGAAAGACGGGGUGUUCGCGAAGAAGCCCAAGAAAAGCAGUCUCUCUGAAGAACGCUCAUUACUUGUCCAGGCGUCUGGAAUACAGCAUUCUUCAGAUAUAUGGGAUGCCUGUAAGAUCGUAGAUGGUGGGAUUUCACGAAUCUUGACCUUAAAGAAGACCGACGAUGGCCAGCAAGUGCUACAGUUGCAAACGCCGUGGAGCAAGCCAGCUUCCAUUGAAAUUCCCCAGAGACUCAUGCUGCAUGAAGCAUACGGGGUAUAUCCUAACACUUCCAGCAACCAUCGAAGAGAGAGCGGCAUGAGGCGUCUAAUGACCGACUCAUCCAUCACGGUGACUGGCUUCGACCACCCCGCAGCCCGAGGGAAGUUUGAUGUGGUGGACUCUGCGAAUCGGAAAGUCAAGCUGCAGGUUCAGAUGGAACCUAGCAAUGAACUGGUGAAACGUGUGCUCAAUGUCUGUCGGUUUGCAGUCUCUGACGAGAAAGCCGGGGAUGGUUUUCUGGCUGCCUGGUGGGAGACCGUGAAAUGGCUUGACGAGAGGGAAGCAAAUGAGACCGACCUCGAGUGGACGGCCAUGGUAGUCAUCUUGUUCUCAAUGGCCAUCCAGUUCAUUGAUAGUGAACAACCACGAACACCCGCCAGGCCGACGCGCCGAAAGAGGGGAUUUUUGAGGUCCAGCAGCGGAAGUUACGUCGACUUGGAAAGCUGGGAGACAAUGUUGGAGCGGGAAUCCGGUUCCGGGGGCGUGGUGGCACCCUGGAUGGCCAGCAGCUCCUGGGCGUGGGUGGUCGAGCAAGAUGCUGAAGAUGGAGAAGUCGGCCACGGCCAGCAAUCGCCCUCGAGCCGGUCAACUUGCCGAACCAACACAUACCUCAUUCGAUGUAUCGCUCUGACAAGGGAGUUUCUGAACACUUCUCAGGGCUCCUUAACUGUAGGCGCAGGCGGCUACCUGCCCACGGCGCUGAACUUCAACCAAAACAUCCGAAACACUGCACUAUGCACCAUCCUAGUUGCGUUGCAUCUCCUUCGCGAGGAGCAGAAGCUAUCAAUCUGCGAUAGUGAGCAGUCGGGCAAGCCUUUGGGUCUCCUGGCUCCAGUCCUGGCCCAGAUCGGCGGCUGGCUAGGAUGGCCGUCCUGGUCAUGGGCUGAAGACGCUUAUUUCGGUAUGGAAAUGGCUAGUAUGGACCGUUGGCAAUUUGAAGACAGUCGCAUCUCCAUGCUUGACCUCCCUGGUGAGCCGUUCUCACCCCCAUCGAUUUUUGCUCACUUGGAAGAUGGUUGGCGCCAGACUUCGCCGCCGUUUUUCACGCUUCUGAACCUGGUAACCAGCCCCGACCGACCUCCGAAGAGAGGAAGGUUAUGGAAAGAGUGUUUCACGCUCACUCCCCGGACGCUGGCGUUGGAUGGGUUCCUCUCCGAGGUGCAUGAACUCACGACGCCGCUUGACCGGAUCAAGCUUCUCCAUCGUUGGGGGUUCACCAGGAGUACUAUUGAGAGCUUUCCAGAAGGUGUCAGCGCUCCCUUGUACGAAGUGAUAAUGCAGUCGCAAAUGCACGCGUCCACGUCGUGGAGCUCCACCCUCCUCGAACUCAUUGACCGCGAAGAUUUGAGCAUUUCUAUGAGCAAGAAUAAGUCAUGGCUUCCAUCAGCUACGUCACCGCUGCAGCUGGCUGUCUCGCAUGAUGCGGUGCGCGAUGUUCAUCAUAUCGGAACCUCCACGCUGGACAUUGACGCCACCAAUUCGUUCGAAGCUUCCGCGGAGGCCGACAGGUUCUCGGUGACGCGGCUGAUCUUCCGUGAGGAUAAGCGUUUUAUCGACGCUGCUCGAUUGCUGAACCAGUCCAAAGCCCCUGUAGCCGAGUGCGUUCCCGAGCCGGAAUGGACCGACUCGGACCUGCUGGAGGCCCAGAAAGAAGUGGUGCAGCUGGUGACCCUGAGGACGCUCUCCAUCCCCACAGGUCGGGCUAUGCUGAGCUUUAGCGGACGACUACCAUUGCUGACCGAGAAGCUCCCGAUCCCUUCGUUUUCCUUGCAAUGCGUCAUGAAGCCGUCAAAUGUGACGAUCAGCGCGGACCGGGCCUCCUUUAGUGAGGAGAAAGUGUGUUGGGCGUUCUUCCACAAUGGCGUCUCUACCGGUUUGGCUAUAUCGAAGAACUCCAAAGGCAUUGAUACGUCGUGGAUUCUGUUCAACAAACCCCAGGAACUGACCAACCGACAUGCUGGGUUUUUGUUGGCCUUGGGGUUGAACGGGCAUCUGAAAUCCUUGGCCAAAUGGGUUGCGUUCAAAUAUCUGACGCCUAAGCAUACCAUGACAUCUAUCGGGCUGUUGCUCGGGUUGUCAGCCUCCUAUCUAGGCACGAUGGACACCCUGAUUACCAGGCUGCUGUCGGUCCAUGUCACUAGGAUGCUCCCUGUGGGUGCUGCCGAGCUAAACCUGUCGCCGCUGACGCAAACGGCGGGCAUCAUGGGCAUCGGUCUCCUCUACUGCGGAUCCCAGCAUCGGAGAAUGAGUGAAGUGAUGCUGUCUGAAAUUGAAAACGUUGAGCAGGAGGAGGGAUCUCACGAGGAUCUCCGCGAUGAAGGAUACCGCCUGGCGGCCGGGCUUGCCCUUGGCUUCAUCAACCUGGCCAAAGGCAAAGACCUCCGAGGAAUGCGCGACAUGCACAUCGUGGAGAGGCUCUUGGCCGUGGCAGUCGGCACCAAGAACGUUGAUCUCGCGCAUGUCCUGGACCGAGCCACGGCGGGUGCCACGAUCGCCCUCACCAUCAUCUUCAUGAAAACCAACGACGAAAUCCUGGCCCAGAAGAUCGAUAUCCCGGACACGACCGUGCGCUUCGACUACGUUCGACCGGACCUGUUCCUCCUGCGUACCCUGGCCAGACAUGUCAUCAUGUGGGACAGCAUUCGCCCUACUGAUGAAUGGUUCGUGCAGAGCCUGCCCAAAGUCUACCGCCGUCGGUAUCGGCUGACGGGAGUCCGUCGACUGAAGAGCGAUGACAUGCCCUUCUUCAACAUCGUCGCCGGUCUGUGCUUCACCCUUGGUCUUCGCUAUGCGGGCUCUGCACAGACCUCCGUACGAGACCUACUACUCGCAUAUCUGGAUCAGUUCAUCCGCAUCAGCAGACUCCCCGCCGUCAACUACGACGCGAAGUUGGCCCGGAACUCGGUCCGACACUGCCAGGACGUUGUGGCGCUCUCCGCCGCCGCCGUGAUGGCAGGAACCGGAGAUCUGGCACUCUUCCGCCGCUUGCGAUCUCUCCAUGGCCGUGUGGACGCCGACACCCCCUACGGCAGCCAUAUGGCCGCCCACAUGGCCAUGGGUCUGCUGUUUUUAGGCGGUGGCAGCUACACGCUCGGCACGUCAGACCUGGCCAUUGCCUCGCUGAUCUGCUCCUUGUAUCCGAUCUUCCCCACGACCGUCCUCGACAACAAGUGUCAUCUGCAAGCCUUCCGACAUCUCUGGGUCCUUGCCGCCGAGCCACGUUGCCUGGUGCCCCGAGACAUCGAUUCCCGCCGGCCCAUCUCCAUCCCCAUCACGCUCACCAACCAAGAUGGCAUCAGCCGCAAGAUCACUGCCCCCUGUCUCCUCCCCGACCUCAGCGGCAUCACCCGCGUGGAGAUCCGCCACGCAGACUACUGGCCCCUGGUCCUCGACUUCGCCAACGACCCCGACCUGCGGCAGAAAUUCCGCCAGGGCGACCAAUCCGUCUACCUCCGGCGCAAAGCCACCUACAACCCCACCGGCUCCUCCGUCUUCGUCUCCACGCUCUCCGGCCUCAGCGAAGCCCAAGACAUCCUCCCCUCCUCCACCUCCGCCUCCAACCACGGCAAGGGCCUGCCCCCCGCCGCCAUGCCCAACCUCGCCACCCUCCUCACCUCCGGCGUCAACCGCACCCCGACCUCCCCCUCCCAAAGCAUGUGGGAAUGGAUCUUCAACCUCCCCUCCCUCCAGGGUCUAGACGUCCGCGAAAAAGCCCUCGUCCUCCCCUCCUCCUUCCCCACCCGCACCCGCAACGCCACCCCGCUCUCCUACGCCCCUUGGCUCCGCCAAUCCGCCGUGGACAGCAAACUCGUCUUCGACGGCAUCGUCAAGAACACCAUCCAAGCCGCGCGCGGCCGCGCCGCUGACCCCGACGAAGUCCGUGACCGUCUCUGGCAACUCCGUCUCCUCUUCAAUUGGAUCGAUACCCCCGACGCGACGCUGGCUCGGCAGAUCGUCCCGUCGGAUGGACUGUGGCUGCGGAGGGAUUAUGUGGAGGAAAUGCGCUGGAAGAUUUGGGGCGUGCAGAUCGGGGAUUAUGAUUGA